AUGAGUGAAUCACAACAACAACAACAGGAACCUUCAGUGGAGGCACUCUCUCAAGAGCCACAACGAGCUCAAGAAAAUUCUCAAGUUACGGAUUCAUCCUCAAAAAACGAUACACAUUUUACACCUUCUUCGUCCGUUCCGAUACUUCAUCAGGCUUCAACCAUUUCAAAUCCAAUUCAUUACACAACUGAUCUUUUGGUUCAACAAUAUUCUCAUCUCUUAUUAAAUUCUAUUCACAAUGGGGAUGAUCAAUCACAAAUUAUUAAACAAAUUGAUACAAUUAUUGAAUCUCUGUUAAAGAGAUGUGAUGAAUUAGGAGAACAAUUAGAUUUUAUUCAUUCAACCUAUUAUUCAAUGAUUCAACAACAAGAGCCAUCUUCUGUAGAGACAAGAUGUUCAUUGGCUACAAGUGAAACUAAACAGAGCAAUGAUCCCAUUUCGACCAACACAACAACGAUCACAGCUUCAACCAAUACUACUACGGUACAUCAUUUAUUAAACAUGAUGAUACAUGUGAAAGAAGCAUAUCAAAGAAUUGACAAUUUAUUACAAUAUGUGACACAUGUGAAGGAAAAGGUAAAUUCUCUCGACACAAAAUUAAGCGAAUUCGAAAAGCAUAAAAAUUCAGUCAGUGGUAGCACUGCCAAGGUGACCCGUGUCGUGAGCAGUUUAUUUGGUGGAAUAUUUUCAAAGGGUGGCAGUAGCUCUCAUCACGAAUCGAGCAAUAAUGAGUCUCAGCAGCAAGCAUCUCAAAUAUCUUUCAAUAAAGAGGAUUAUUUAUUGUUGUGA